AUGUUUGGUUAUUUGACACUUUUCGCUUGUAUUGCUGUUAGUUUCGCUGCCGAAAUCCAACAAGAAGUCAAAAAUGCGGUGAAUGAGGUGACUUCGACAAAAGUGAGUUUGCAUUUUGAAAUGAUGAAAGACCCUAGGGAAAAAGGAUUACGCGAUAAACAUCUUUUGAAAAUAAACCCCCAUUUUUUAGGAUGGCGAUGUUUGGUGUCCAAUACUUAUGGGAACACAUUGUGGAAAAUCAUCAGUUUUCCAUUAUUGGUCAUGUUGUGGAACACUAAAAAAUGAGUGCUGUUUCAAUCUUCAAACUUGGGUUUGGGUUGUUAUUGCAGUUUUCGCAGUUAUCACUGUUGCCUCAGUCAUUCUUUCAUUCAUCCGAUGCAUUUGUUGUAGACGCAAUUAA